GCAGUUAUGGAUCAAGAAACCAGCUCCUUUUCUGUUAACGAUGAUCAAUCUUCCCCUAAUAACGAUCAAUAUGAUGACGGUGAAGAUGUUGAUAAUAGUGCAAUUGAACCAAAUGACUUAGAAUCUGAGAGAAAAUACGCCACAAGAUUGAUGAAUAUCGAAACACUACCCCGCAAUCAAAACAAUUUAUAUAUCCGUUAUGGUAUUAUAUUAUUGAUAAUUUCUGGACAGCAUACUCCAACAAACAAUCUAUUUGACAUGAAUGCUCUAAAUGAAAGCAUUCGCGAUAAGGAUCCAAAUAUAGGAAUUAUGACCACUUCAAAUGAUUAUGAAAAUGAUUUGAAGAUAUUUAAGGCAACCAAGCCGGAAACUUUCAGAGAUGAUGCAUAUGUAUCGGAAUAUCUUACCAUACUUCGAUGCCAUUUUUAA